AUGAGUGACAAUACCAGGGUUCUCUCUUGGGUUCAGAGCCUACCCGAGCACGUCGAAUACAUCCCUCUGCCAUCGCACGAGCCGUGCAAAAAGCGCAAGCCCGCGACCGCACCAAGCUACCAACUCGCCAGUCCUCCAGCUUCCCUUAACGACGACGAAAAUAAGAUGACAUCGACGCCAAAAAAGCGACGCUUAGAGGGAUCAAGCGUACUGUUAGAUCCCGAUGCGACACCUCGCCCUGGUGCUGGCGCCAGAAUGCGCAGCGUCGCAGGUUCUUCAGCUUCAAUUUCCCAGUCGGCCUCCGAGACGAGCUCUGUCUCGGGAGCCUCUUCGCCCAAGAAGCAGAUGAUGAGUCUGCGGUUGAGCGAGACAGGUGUGGAAUGGCUAGCACUUAAUGAGAAUACGGUGCCCGAGGUCGCGAGGACGCUGUUCAACACCAUGGGCGAGGUGGGGCGAGGCCAUGACAUUUUACCGGAUGUCUUGAGACCUACAAUCACCGAGAAGCUCAAGGCUCGAAACAUGGAUCAUCGUCGGUGGAGACAUUGCUUCAAGCCUGCGGAUGAAGGCGACGCUCUACCUGGUCGGAUCCCGUCUAUCGAGGAGGUGGAAAAGGUUCUCAUGAAGGCCACCGAGUGUGAGAACUUCAAACAUGAAGAGGCUAGUUGGAACAGUCAAGUACAUCUACGUCUACUCGAAGGCAUUUUUGAGGAGCCUUUGGGUGGACAGUGCGAUGACUUCAAUGCCGUUAGCUGCACCUCGGCCCGUCCGCAUCGAGAGUUCAAACCAAUCUCAUCUACGACUAAGAUGAUUGAUAUCUGUGUAUACGCUUCACUCGACCGUAACGAAGAGUUGAGGGCAGCUAUGACGGAGUUCAGCAACAUCACGCCCACUAUGGCCGUCAAUCAUACUGACUUUGAAACGAUCCAACACCGCCCCCUUGUACUGAGUAUCGAGACUAAGAAGCCCGGAGUUGAAUGGGAAAAAGCACAACUGCAGACUGGUGUCUGGCACGCUGCGCAAUGGGCCUUUCUUCGAUGGGGCGUUGGCCAAAAGCUCCUUCGCCAGCGUCUAGAACAGGGCUUGGAUGCACCAACGACAGAUGAAGAACAAGAAGAGUUCAAAGGGGAGAAGCUUGCGGCCUUGUCCAAGCUUGGCUUCAUCCCGGGCGUUAUCGUCCAGGGAAAUGGAUGGCACUUGGUACUUUCAACGUAUGAGGAUGGCAAGACAAAAUUGUGGACGGAUUGGGUGUUUGGGACGACAAAGGGCUUAUUGGACAUUUAUGCUGUGGUUGCUGGUAUUCGAGAGCUUACCGCUUGGGCGAGAGACGUUUACUUGCCCUGGUUUGGGACGUAUAUUCUGGAUUGA